AUGUCCACGCUCCCCGCCACAGACCCGGAUUUCGACUUCUGGGAAUUCGUCCACUGCGGCAUAUGCCAUCUCGAAUUCUUCAAGGAACCUGGUACAUUAUCCGCGGUGCCUUUUUGGGUCACGCAGUGCGGGCAUGUGGUGUGCAACAAUCAUCUCAAUGCGGACCAAAGCUGCGCACAGUGUGGUAGUCAGGACAUCCUUGUCGGCCCCUUGGCGAGGGAGAUGGAUCCACCAAUGUCGGACUGGUUCCGCUCUGUCCCACAAACCCUUGACGCGGUUGGCUGUACAAUUCGACUACAAUUGGACACUAUGGCGAAUCUCGUUCGGUACUUUAAGAAGAAGUACUUCCAAUAUCGCCCUAUGUACGACCGCUUAAAGCAAGAAUUCGAAGAAAGCAAGAAACUUCGAAGAUUGGUCGAGGAACUGCGGGCAGAAAACCACAGACUGAAGCAGCGGAUGCGAGAAUUUCAAGAGGUCAGCAAUCCUCAUAACAAACGCAUGCGUCUUGAAGAGGAGAGCCCUUACAACAAGCAGCGAACCUCGAGCUCCCGAUCCACCGCCUCUGCCUCCGCUCCUGUGGCUCCGAAUAGGCUGACCCUUCCUGCCGAUCACCACCAGCCACAAUUCGCUGUGCGUCAACCAUUGCGCGUUCACGAAUCUUAUAAUGCUCCUCGUGAACUUGCGUAA